UUUCAUUUCCCGGCAAAUUUUGUGUCAGGUGACCAUACUUUGGCGCUGAGUUUAAGCUGAUCAGUUAGCUUUCUCAAUUUACUUCAUAGUUUUUCUUUGGUUUCACUUCAAAGAUCAAGAUGUACGUGAGCAAAAGAGGAGGUCGCGAAGAAAAAGUUCACUUCGACAAAAUCACGUCUAGGAUCUCAAAGUUGUGCUAUGGGUUGAACCCAGAUUUUGUUGACCCGACUGCUAUCACUCUGAAGGUGAUCAGUGGACUGUACCCUGGAGUGACCACAGUAGAACUGGACAAUCUGGCUGCUGAGACUGCGGCCACCAUGACGGUCAAGCACCCAGACUAUGCCAUUCUUGCUGCGAGGAUUGCUGUCUCUAACCUACACAAGGAGACGAAAAAAGUAUUCAGUGAGGUGACAGAAGAUCUAUACAAUUGGGUCAAUCCAAGGAACAAGACCCAUUCCCCUAUGGUGUCCAAGAAACUCAGAGACAUUGUCCAGGAGAAUGCAGAUCGUUUGAACUCUGCCAUUGUGUAUGACAGGGAUUAUAACUACAACUAUUUUGGCUUCAAGACGAUGGAAAGAUCUUACUUACUGAAGAUAAAUGGGAAAGUUGCUGAACGUCCCCAGCAUAUGCUGAUGAGGGUGGCUGUUGGCAUCCACUGGGAUGACAUUGAUGCAGUCAUUGAGACCUAUGACUUGCUGUCAGAAAAAUGGUUCACUCAUGCAUCACCCACGCUCUUCAAUGCUGGAACAAAUCGACCACAACUGUCUAGCUGUUUUCUGCUGUGUAUGCACUCUGACAGUAUUGAGGGUAUAUAUGACACACUGAAGCAGUGUGCCCUCAUCUCCAAGUCUGCUGGAGGGAUAGGAUUGGCAGUACACUGCAUCAGGUCCACUGGCAGCUAUAUUGCAGGGACCAAUGGUCAGUCCAAUGGCCUUCUUCCUAUGUUGAGGGUGUACAACAACACUGCCCGCUAUGUAGACCAGGGAGGGAACAAGCGUCCUGGAGCCUUUGCCAUCUACCUGGAACCCUGGCAUAACGACAUCUUUGACUUCCUGGACUGCAAGAAGAACACUGGAAAGGAAGAGCAGCGUGCCAGAGAUUUGUUCUAUGCCCUCUGGAUCCCAGAUCUGUUCAUGAAACGUGUGGAACAGAAUGGACAGUGGACGCUGAUGUGUCCCAAUGAGUGUCCUGGUCUGGCAGACUGCUGGGGAGAGGAAUUUGAGAAACUUUAUGAAAGCUAUGAAAAAGAGGGCCGUGGCCGCAAGACAAUCCAGGCCCAGCAGCUGUGGUAUGCCAUAAUAGAGUCCCAGACAGAAACAGGCACACCUUACAUGCUGUACAAGGACUCGUGUAACAGGAAGAGCAAUCAGCAGAACCUGGGAACCAUCAAGUGUAGUAACUUGUGCACAGAGAUUGUAGAGUACACAAGCCCUGAUGAGGUUGCAGUGUGUAAUCUUGCCUCAAUAGCCCUUAACAGAUUUGUGAAGGGGGAUGGAACAUACGACUUCCAGCAAUUGGAAAAGGUCACUAAAGUUGUCACUAAGAAUCUCAACAAAAUUAUAGACAUCAACUUUUACCCAGUGCCAGAGGCUCAAAAAUCCAACUUCCGUCACCGCCCCAUUGGAAUUGGUGUGCAGGGUCUCCAUGACGCCUUCAUUCUUAUGCGUUAUCCGUUUGACAGUCCAGAAGCAAUGCAAUUGAACAAAGAUAUCUUUGAGACCAUCUACUUUGCUGCCUUGACAGCAAGUUGUGAGCUGGCGAAGGAGUAUGGACCCUAUGAAACUUACCAAGGUUCCCCAGUUAGUAAAGGGAUCCUUCAGCAUGAUAUGUGGGAUGUAGCAGAUACAGACAGGUUGGACUGGCAGACUCUUAGGGAAAACAUCAAGAAAUAUGGAGUCAGGAACAGCCUGUUGCUGGCCCCCAUGCCCACAGCUUCUACAGCACAAAUCCUUGGUAACAAUGAGUCCAUAGAGCCAUACACCAGCAACCUCUACACAAGGAGGGUGCUCUCUGGAGAAUUCCAGGUUGUUAACCAGCACAUGUUAAAGGAUUUGACAGAGAAAGGCCUUUGGAAUGACGAUGUGAAGAACCAGCUGAUAGCACAUGGUGGUUCUAUUCAGAACAUAGAAGGCAUUCCAGAUGAUAUCAAACAGUUGUAUAAGACAGUGUGGGAGAUCUCCCAGAAGAAUAUAAUCCAGAUGGCAGCUGACAGGGGUGCAUAUAUUGACCAGAGUCAGUCUCUUAAUGUCCACAUUGCUGAUCCUAACUAUGGGAAGUUGACCAGUAUGCAUUUCUUUGCAUGGAAGAAGGGCUUGAAGACGGGCAUGUAUUACUUGAGGACGAAGGCAGCCGCCAGUGCAAUCCAGUUCACAGUUGACAAGACAAAGCUCAAAGGAAAGACGGAGACUCGGGAGGAAAAUGAGGCAGCCAUGGUGUGUUCUCUCCAGAACAAGGAAGCAUGUGUCAUGUGCAGCGGUUAGAUGACAGCAAUUUGUUUACAUCAUUAAGACAGCAAAUUUUGUUUGUUGUGACCCCAGAGUGAAGUGUCAUAGAUAUGAGUAUAAUGAGACCGUCUCCAUUGUGCAGCCACAUUUUGCCAAUAUUUAAUUCGCUAUGACACUUAUUUCAAUAGCUUUAUCUGACUGGUAAUUAAAGAGGUUACUUUUUGUUAUAACAUUUCAAUAUUUCUAGCUGAUAUCUAUAGAUACGGUUCAAUUGUGUCAGCUUUAAAAAGCAAACUUACUGAAAUGUUUGAAAAGUUUGAUUCAUUUUCUUUGAUAAUCGUCACUUUGUUUACAAAACAUUUUGAUAAUUUGGAAACAAUAUAAUACUUAUGAUGUGGAAUGUCGUGUUGAGCACAUAGUGUUAGAAUGCUUGUAUUAAGGAAGUGUUUGUAGCCUCAAAUGCACUGUAGAAUAGAAGUGUAAAUAAUAGUUAUUGUGUACACAGGUUGUAAGUAUCAUGAACUGAUAUCAACUUAUAUCUAUGCAUUUAUGAUUGAACAACCAGCUUUCACUGCCAAAGCUGUAUUGUAUAUAUUUAUAUUUUUUCAGGUUUUUUUCUGUUACAUCCUAUUGUAUUUCUUUAUAUAUCCGUGUUUGAUGUUAGUGCUUAAAUCUAUAGACCUAACAUUUUUCUUGGCCUUCAAAGGAAAUCCCGUUUUUCAACAUGUACCAUGUAAAAUGAAUGUUCUGUGCAGAUAAAAAUUUCCUUUGAAGUGAAAUAAACCAUAUUUAUCACAA